CUCGGGGGCGUGGCUGGCUGACUGUGGUCUUUAAUGAAACCACUCUUCUUUUGCUAGUUUAACGCUAGCGUCUGUGGCUAGUGCCUUGUCGCGAAGUUAUUCACUUCGUUUGCACAGUAGCUGAAGUAUUGAGCCGGAUAAAACAGAUAUUUCAGUAUAUCGUUGGUAGCUAUUCAUUAACUUUUCAUUCGCUUUUGCUUGUUUUGCAGCUUAGCACAAAGCUAGCUUGCUAGCCAGGGCUAGCUAUGCGGCUAAUGUUAGUUUUUAGCAUCGCGAGGAGCUAACUGUUAACCGUAAGUCCAUAAUCCUCUAACGUAAAUACAUCUGUCUUCAGUGUCAUCUUAAAGGUAAUAACAGUGUCAAACAGCUUAGUUAGUAGCGGCACAACCAUUAAGCUAGCUCUCACGCUGUAUGGCUGACUUUUAACGAUGGCGUGAACUGUGGACGUCCCUGCAGAUGAGUGGCCCUGAGAAGUGAUUCAGCUGGAUGAGUUAGCAACAAUGUCCUGUAAAUCAACCAAAGUGGCCCCGAGUGUUGAUUUCGACCACAGUUGCUCUGACAGCGUGGAAUAUCUGACGCUCAAUUUCGGCCCAUUUGAGACUGUUCAUCGCUGGAGAAGACUCCCUCCGUGUGAUGAGUUUGUCGGUGCAAGGCGCAGCAAGCAUACUGUUGUGGCAUACAGGGAUGCCAUUUACGUGUUUGGGGGAGACAAUGGGAAGAACAUGCUGAAUGACUUGCUUCGCUUUGAUGUGAAGGACUGCUCAUGGUGUCGAGCCUUCACCACUGGAACUCCACCUGCUCCCAGAUAUCAUCACUCAGCUGUUGUUUAUGGCAGCAGCAUGUUUGUUUUUGGGGGCUACACUGGAGACAUCUACUCAAACUCAAACCUCAAAAACAAAAAUGACCUUUUUGAGUACAAGUUUGCAACAGGGCAGUGGACUGAAUGGAAAGUGGAGGGGAGCUUGCCAGUGGCUCGGUCUGCACAUGGGGCCACGGUCUAUAGUGAUAAACUGUGGAUAUUUGCUGGCUAUGAUGGGAAUGCCAGGCUGAAUGACAUGUGGACCAUCAAUCUGCAAGAUCGAGAACAUGCGUGUUGGGAGGAGAUUGACCAGAGUGGUGAGAUUCCUCCAUCUUGCUGCAACUUUCCUGUCGCUGUAUGCAGGGACAAGAUGUUUGUAUUUUCUGGUCAGAGUGGAGCUAAGAUAACCAACAACCUCUUCCAGUUUGAGUUCAAGGGCCACAUGUGGACACGCAUCCCGACCGAACACUUACUGCGAGGCUCCCCACCACCUCCCCAAAGACGUUAUGGCCACACUAUGGUUGCUUUUGACCGACACCUGUAUGUAUUUGGAGGUGCGGCUGACAACACUCUGCCCAACGAACUGCACUGCUACGAUGUGGACUCCCAGAGCUGGGAGGUGAUCCAUCCCAGCAUGGACAGUGAGAUGCCCAGUGGGAGACUCUUCCAUGCUGCUGCUGUGAUUCAAGAUGCCAUGUACAUCUUUGGAGGAACAGUAGACAACAAUGUACGCAGUGGGGAGAUGUACAGAUUCCAGUUCUCCUGCUACCCAAAGUGUACACUCCAUGAGGACUACGGCAAACUGUGGGAGAAUCGUCAGUUCUGUGAUGUGGAGUUUAUUUUGGGCGAGAGGGAGGAGAGAGUCUUGGGGCAUAUUGCCCUAGUGACUGCAAGAUGUCAGUGGCUGCGGAAAAAAAUCCUGCAGGCUUGGGAUAGGCAGCGACAGACUAAACAGGACAGCAGCGAGGAAAGUGACGAAGGGGCAGCUGGAGGCCCGAGGGAUAUCCCAGCAGGCAACAGGCCGAUGCUAGAGGUAUUCAUCAGGGAAGCUGAGGCCCAGCCUUUUGAAGUCUUAAUGCAGUUCCUCUACACGGACAAGAUCCAGUACCCACGCAGAGGUCAUGUCCAAGAUGUUCUCCUAAUUAUGGAUGUUUACAAACUGGCCCUUAGUUUUAAGCUUUCCCGCCUCGAGCAGCUGUGUGUGCAGUACAUUGAGGCAUCUGUCGAUCUGCAGAACGUUCUCAGUGUUUGUGAAAAUGCCAACAAGCUGCAGCUUGACCAGCUCAAGGAGCAUUGCCUUAACUUUGUGGUGAAAGAGUCGCACUUCAACCAGGUGAUCAUGACAAAGGAGUUUGAACAUCUGUCCACACCACUGAUUGUGGAGAUAGUGCGACGAAAGCAGCAUCCUCCUCCCAGGUUGUACUCAGACCAGCCUGUGGACAUUGGGACCUCUCUUGUCCAGGACAUGAAGGCUUACCUGGAGGGAGGCGGCCUGGAGUUCUGCGACAUUAUCUUGCUGUUAGACGGACACCCACGACCUGCUCAUAAAGCCAUACUGGCAGCCAGAUCCAGUUACUUUGAGGCAAUGUUUCGCUCCUUCAUGCCUGUGGAUGGUCAGGUUAAUAUCUCCAUCGGCGAGAUGGUUCCAAGUAAGCAGGCCUUCGAGUCCAUGCUGCGUUAUAUCUACUACGGUGAUGUGAACAUGCCUCCAGAGGAUUCCCUCUAUCUGUUUGCUGCGCCAUAUUACUACGGGUUUUCAAACAACAGGCUGCAGGCUUACUGCAAGCAGAAUCUGGAGAUGAACGUCACUGUGGAGAACGUUUUGCAGAUUCUGGAGGCAGCUGAUAAGACCCAGGCUCUGGACAUGAAGAAGCACUGCCUGCACAUUAUUGUCCAUCAGUUCAUUAAGGUAUCCAAGCUCCCCAACCUGCGGUCUCUCAGCCAGCUGCUGCUGUUGGACAUCAUUGAGUCCCUAGCUACACACAUAUCAGACAAACAGUGUGCAGAGAUGGGCUCCGACAUUUAGGAUGACGCGGAAAGCUGGGCUCUUUUCUCCUCUCACAGAAGCCAUACAUCUCCGCUCCACCUACUUCUAGUCAUUCCCUCCUCCCCAACACGCAGUACUUUUCUUUAUGUUGUCCCUCGCAUGUCUCGACCCACAUACAGUAGAGAUGCCCUUCUAUCCACGCGGCGUCAAGUUGUUUCUCACUCUGCGUCUUGAUGAGGAGUUAAAGCAGUGAGGAAACCAGAUUCUAGCUCAGUUACAAUUUGUUAAAUUGUAUAAAAUAUCCCCUUUAUGUUUAUUUAUUUUGAUUACAGAAGGAAACAUUUGCAAGGUUUCUCUCUGCUCAGUAUUGCUGCUGCAUUUUUUUAAAAAAUAGAUAUGCAGUGGACUGUAAAAAUUCAUAUUUGUGACACUAUAGAAAGCUUCAAGUGUUGCCCUCAGCUGUUAUCUGCUCAGAUACAUCCUCAGCCAUUUAAAUGCAACGUGAUCAAAGUAUACCAUUAAAUGGAUUUAUCUAUGAACCUGUAUUCAUCACUUGUAUUAUCCUCCGCUCUGACACAGUUAAAAAGCCUGGAUUAAAUGUUAUAAGGAAUCAAAAUCAUAUGAAAAUAAUUACAAUGUAUGUCUGUCUUGAAGCAAUUUGUUUUGUUAAAUGUUUUUGUCAUUGGCACACAUCUUUGUGAUACUAAUCACCUCUUAGCAUUACUAACAGACAAGCUGUCUCUGUCCAUUCAAUAUAGCAGUGUGUAUUUAGUAACAUCAGUAUGCUGUUAUUAAACAUUUACCCACAUGGGUUUCAUGUCUUUAAAGCCUUAAUAAAUCUUAUACAAAAUGA